CACGGCAGUCGAGGCCGUUUUCUAGUGUAGGUUGGUUGUGUAAACGAGCCCGUCCGGUGGAGUUCGUGACGAAAUAUCAACAAGUGGUGAGCGAAGGAGCGUCUGGGAGCUGUGCGAAGUUCUAGUGGAGGCGCAGACCUGAUCGGAUCAAGCGAAGGGCCCGACCUCGGCGUACCACUCCGUCCGGCCGAGCCCAGCCCGGCUCUCUGGAGACUCCGAGAGGCGCCCCAGGCGCGCGUGAAAGUGAUCACCGGACAGACAUUCUCUCUCGACCGGGCGCCGAUCGGUGCGUGCUGACGUCACUCUGACGUCAUAGCAAACCGGCGCGUGCCGUUGGUAGCGGCAGCGGUGAUCCAGGAGUCCCACGAUGCCGACCAGCAAGAGUCGCAGUGUGACGAACUUGGCGGCGGCUCAGGCGGCGCAGUACGCGUCCACGCCGCACCUGUUCGUCUUCCAGAGCAGUGACGACGCGCCGGCGCUGAGCAAACCGUCGCCCAUCUACCAGUCGGCCACAGACGUGCGGCGACCGACCGGUCAACAGGCGGCGCAGAUAAUCACGGAGAAGUACGACUCGUACCGGAACCUGGCCCGGGAGGAGGAGCAGGCGCUGGCUGUCCGAGAGGCGGAUAUUGCCCAGGUGGAGUCGUUCUUCGCCGGCCAUCGGACACAGGUGAUCGUCUGCCGCGCGCUGGCCAACAUGUACCUCAGCUCCGAGUCCAACUCGUGGGAGCUCAAGUACACCGGCAUCCCGACCCUGGUGCUCGACUGCGGGGACACACGCAGCCGCGGACGCCGACAAAUCCAACUGGUUCUCGCUGAGAAGGGCAGCGGCUUCAUGCUGUGGCGAGACGUGGUCGACAACCUCUCCAGCUACUCGGCUCCCGAGCCGAGCUUCCACACCAUGCACCUGUCGACCGAUCACCGGCAGAGGGUCGGCUUCAGCUUCGAUGAUACGGCGGCGGCCAAGGCAUUCCAGGCGCAGCUGGAGACGCUCUGUUCAGACCCCGAGAACAUCGCGCUCUCCGGGCCGGCGCACAAGAAACGCCGCAAGAAGAAGGUGGAGCGAUACGUGCGGCCCCGCAAGGAGGAUAUCUCACAGCCGUGCUGCUUCCAGCAUGUAACGAGUGUCGGCGUCGGGGACCGGGAGCGGCUCUACACACUGCAGAGUCUGGUGGGGACCGGCGAGAAGACUGCGUGAGACUGUCUGUCGGCGCGCGUACGAGCAGAGCUGUGAUAGUUGGACGGCGAGGGAGUGUUUGUGGCCCCCUGCUGGAUGUCGGCCCGCGUGGGCUGCGGUGGCGAGUGGGAGUGGUGUGGGGUGUGCGAGCCGGGCGCGGCGGGGAGGUUUGUAUCCCGGCCGGCGGCCCGGAGAUGUGGGACCGCGCCGGACAGCGCCGCUCCCCAGUGAAAGCUCCGUGAAAGCCGCGGCGGCCGGGUCGGCAGGGCAGCCGCCGGCUCCCCGGCCGGUGACUCACCGGGCCGUGCGUUACAACACGGCACCAGGUGGGUGACUGGCGGCCCGUGGGACCCGUCGGCAACACUGACAGCCGGUCGACGCGGCGCCCCUGACCUCACCCGACCACGGGACCGGCGGCAGGCCGGGAGACGCCCAGCGACGGGCAGUGGCUACCACAACAGACUACUCUGAGCUAAUCCAGAGCAGAGCCCACAGCUGACCCGUGAAACAGGUCACGGCCAACGGGUCAUAACAGCCCGGCCGACAGCGCAGCCCGGCAACAGCCCACCGACGGGCUAGAAAAAAAACAUCGACCGUCGACGCUUCUCAGCUGAACACCGACCGGCCACGAGCUCCCGUGUUGAGUGCCAGCCGAGUGCCGAAUGAGCGAUGCAUCGAACUCGUUAAAUGAUAACUAGUCAGACAGGGCCUGACCAUGGCAGUGAAGCGCUGACCAAGCAGGUCGCUCGCUGCAGCUUUCCGGAUGGACUCGAGUGCUCAUUUUUCCAUGGUGUGAUGAAGUACCGCUUCGUGGAACGACAGUUUGAUGACCUUUGUGGCCAAGCAACUCGCAUCGAAACAUACCGAACUGGGGAUCCGUGAAUUGGUCGCCGAUUGUAUUUUCUACAUGACAUGAGGUCGGCUGCCUCGUCCGACAAGUGUUCAGUGUUGUAACGAAAAUGUAUGCGCCAUGUUUAUUUUAUGUCUAUGGAGUGAUGUGUUUUUGUGAUUUUCAGUGCUGUUGUUUCAGUGAGAUGUAGCCGAGCGAUGAAGUGAGUGGCAUACUGGAAGAGUUGACUCCGGUGUAUCGUGCGCUAUUGCAGGAGGUCAUUGCUUUUUCAUCGGAGUCAACAUGCUGAAUAAAUGUACGAUUUUUGAA